GUCAAACCGGAAGUUUACGUCAACGACGUCGACGCGCAUGUAUUUCAUACGCGCUGGGAAAAGAAGAGCAACGUCAGACCCGUCCGCACACCGACAGCGGCCGACAUGGACGACGACGUGCUCACUACACUCAAGAUAUUAAUAAUCGGUGAAAGCGGCGUCGGGAAGUCUAGCCUUUUGUUAAGAUUCACCGAUGAUACAUUUGACCCAGAGCUUGCAGCAACCAUAGGUGUUGAUUUCAAAGUGAAAACAAUUUCGGUGGAUGGUAACAAGGCAAAACUUGCCAUCUGGGAUACUGCUGGCCAAGAGCGUUUUAGAACUCUGACACCUAGCUACUAUCGUGGCGCUCAGGGAGUCAUCUUGGUGUAUGAUGUUACAAGACGUGAUACAUUUUCCAAACUUGAUAACUGGCUGAAUGAGCUGGAGACAUACUGUACAAGGAAUGACCUUGUCAAGAUGCUGGUUGGGAACAAAAUUGAUAAGGAAAACCAUGAAGUAGAUCGGAGUGAAGGCUUGAAGUUUGCGAGAAAACAUUCCAUGCUUUUUAUAGAGGCCAGUGCGAAAACCCGUGACGGUGUGCAGUGUGCUUUUGAAGAGCUGGUGGAGAAGAUCAUUCAGACACCGGGGCUGUGGGAGAGCGAGACACAGGGUCGGGGUGUACGGCUGUCUGACCAGCAGCAGGGUGGGGGUGGGUCCUGCGGGGGGUAUUGCUCCUUGGUGUAACAAUGCUCAGAAGAAAACCCCAACACACACAUGAACCGUCAAAUGUAAGGAAAAAACGUAUGAUGAAAACAUCAUUUUUCUAACUAUUUAAACAGCUUCUGGGGUGUAAUGGCUGUACUUUGCACACCCAGUAGCUGCCUUUGUAGGGAAAAAGCUGUUUGCACACUUCCUGUUGUCAUGGUUGCACGAAUUGAUUGCGAAACACAUCACACUCAUCUCUGCAACCUCAGACCCCUCCUGAAUGACGUAGCAUGAGGAGCGCCGCAACUCUGCUCCCUGAGCGUGGUUGGCGUUGCCACGGUGCGUGCCAGAGAACAGCGAGCAAAGUACUUGUCCAAGGGUAGUUGAUGGUCGCAGAUUCCAAACGGAACCUUCUGAGAGCCAUUGAAGGCGAUGGCAGAGAUGAGCGUGUCUAUCCCUGUCACCUUUUAAAAUGUGUUUUUAUCUCCUACUUGACAUCACAUUUGUUGUUUCUGUUCUGCUUUCCCCAGUUUCUGAAUGAGCAGAGAUGUUAUAUUUUGUAAAAGUAAGCACAGCCACCUGAAAACUAUUUGUACAAUAUUCCACUUUCUGCUGAGCACGAUGCCUUAUUUUCCUGAAUUAUGACAGAAAAAGUUGCAGAGGAAUGAUCACUUGAUUAUUUUAUCAGCCAAAGCUCUGUCUGACCAGAUAUAUUUUGCACAAGCAUCUGUUGUCCAGAGCAAGCUAGUUGUUGGGAAUAAUAGUUACCAACAUUUUGGAACAAAGUUUUACAGCUUUUAUGAACUGGCCUCCACACUAAAAAUGUUAGGGUGUAUAAGUUGCAGAGCCUUUGUGUUGUUUGCAAAGUAACAAAGUUUUACUACACUAAUAGCUUGUGUUAAGACUACUUCCAACCCACUGCAUAAAAAUUAUAAACUCUGCUCCUGGGAAAAGAGUUUGCACAUCUGCUUGUUGAUUGGUGUACAAUGUCCAUCAUGCUAUGGUAACUAAUUUGAAAAAUAAAAGAUGUCGGGGAAAUACAUGGUCAUUAGGAGAGGUGUCUGUUUCUACUGGACAUGAAGAAGGAUGCAGUACAGUGGGCCAUACAUGGUUAUCUGGGCCCACCUUCUGUGUUGUAGGUCUCUCCCCUCCUGUACAUGUCCUUCACGUUCAGACUUUUUAUAUUCAUGUAUGUUUUUGUGUAUGCUUCUUUGUCUUUUUUUAAUUACCUGUAUUUUGUUGGCAUGGGACAUUACACGGAAUUCUUAGAAUGGGUAUAAAUUCAUGUUAAAGGGGGUGAAGGUGCAUGCUUUUUUGUUGAUUCAUAAUGCAUAGUUUUACUUACUGCAUGGAACAUUGUGUUGUGUCUUCUGAAAGUGUACUGUUUCAAAUGCUUAUUCAAUAAUAAAUAGUAUUAUCUUGCAGAGGCCGUGUUGGACAGACUGCUCAACUCCUCACAUUUAACAAACCAAAAAUUACUUCUGUAUUUCAUGUUGCGCUUUGUUCUUUGUAGACACGUUAACAUAUGUGUACAUGUAUGCAUAUAGCCUAUAUAAUGUAUCAUCAUUCAUAAAGUAUAUGCAUCUUAACACAAUGUUCACAUGCAAAAUGCAUAAUGUUUACUAAAUGCAUUACAUAUAAGUGAAUACCCUGAACGUAGUAUACUUCAAAAGAUUGUUAAUGCUUCUGUAACUUCUUAAGGAGCUGACAAAUACUGCAUAGUAUAUUGUAAAAUAAAAUGAUUGCGUUAA